CUAACCGAUACCCGCGAUUGCAGUGAACGAUCAACAUCUUGGGCUGAUGAUAUUUCCGGCUUCCCAGUAGUCAGUUCAAUCAAAAUCCACCUUUUAGAACUCAUACUAAAGGUUGGUUCGAUGAUCACAAGCUGUGCCUGGAAGCCCGAAAGUUGAGUGCGUUCUAGGUGCAUUGCAGGGAAACAGAGGAGGGUGCUUCAUAGGACACAGAGACAGGGAGCAAGAUUAUAGAGAGAGAGGGAGAGGAAGAUUUAAGGAACGAGAGAUAGGAGAGACAGGAUAGAGGGAAAGGAAGACAAGGAAGGAGAGAUAGGAGAGAGGGAAAGAAAGAUAAGGAGACGGGGAAAGGAAGAUAAGGAACGAGAGAUAGGAGAGGGAAACAAAGACAAGGAAGGAGAGAUAAGGAGAGAGGAAGAAGGGAGAGGAGGAGUGAGCUGGGCUCAUGAGUGACGGAGGAGAGUGACAGAAGAGGCAUCCAUCUGGAGUUUGAUGCGGUGACAGCCAUCGCAGACGUGCAGCAGGCAGCAUGUCAAAUUCACAUACAAAUAGUACAGGUAUGUCCUGGUUGCCAGGGACAGAGUGUCUGGCUAGGUUUGAAUUCAAAGGAACAACAGCAGAUGACCUUUCCUUCAGGAAGGGAGAGGUCAUAACUAUUAUCAAAGCAACAAAGGAUCCUAACUGGUACAAGGCAAAGAAUGAACAAGGUUCGGAAGGGAUGAUACCAGCCAACUAUGUCAAGAAACGAGAAGGAGUCAAACUACAAACUAUGCCAUGGUUCCAUGGUAAAAUCACAAGAGAACAAGCAGAAGACCUUCUGCAGCCUCGGGAGGAUGGUCUGUUCUUGGUGCGAGAGAGCACCAACUACCCUGGGGACUACACACUGUGUGUAGCCUUCCUAACUAAGGUCGAACAUUACAGGGUCAUCUACGAGAAGAACAAACUCACCAUCGACAGCGAAGAGUUCUUUGAGAAUCUCACUAAGCUUGUAGAGCAUUACCAAAGUGAAGCAGACGGCUUGUGUGCAAGGCUGACCAAAUCUAUACCAAAGAAAGGGGGACAACUCAAUUUAUCGGUCGACUCAAAUGCAUUUAUACAGAGUGGCUGGGCCAUCAACAGCAAAGAUAUCCAUCUAGGUUCAUGUAUAGGAGCUGGAAAUUUUGGUGAUGUGCUCCAAGGGACCUACCAAGGUAGGAAGGUAGCCAUCAAGCAAGUCAAAGAUAACAGUACAGCCGCACAAGCAUUCCUGGCAGAAGCCUCCGUCAUGACGACGUUAAAACAUCCCAACUUGGUGCAGCUUUUAGGGGUAGUGCUUGGAAACCCUCUCUAUAUUGUCCUGGAAUUCAUGUCUAAGGGUAAUCUUGUGGACUACCUUAGAUCGAGAGGAAGAAAUGUAAUCACAGCAAGACAUCUACUUAAAUUUGCCAGUGACGUGUGCAAUGGUAUGGCUUACCUUGAGGAGAAGGAGUUUGUCCAUCGGGACCUUGCGGCCAGGAACAUCCUGGUCUCGGAACAGGACAUAGCCAAGGUGUCCGACUUUGGUCUAUCCCAAGAGGCCACACUCAAUCAAGAAGGAGGCAAGUUCCCCAUCAAGUGGACUUCCCCAGAGGCUCUUAGGAAAAAGGAGUUUUCUUCCAUGUCUGAUGUUUGGAGUUACGGUAUCUUCAUGUGGGAGCUCUACUCAUUCGGCAGAGUGCCAUAUCCACGUGUGCCCUUAUCUGAAGUAGUUGCCCAUGUGGAGAAGGGCUACAGGAUGGAGUCGCCCGAAGGUUGCCCCGACCAUGUGUACAAGGUGAUGAAGGAUUGCUGGGAUAUCAAUCCUAAGAAACGGCCGACGUUUAAGCAUGUACGCUCUCAACUCAACCUCUUUAUGUCUCGAUGAGAUCGUGAUCGUUCAGACAAAGAAACAGACAUUUCAUGGAAUGUUUUUGUAUGCUGUAGUCGCUUCCCUGCACAGCUUUUGUUCGCUAGCUUCGUCUGUACAUCCAAGCAUGUCGGCUCUGAAUUUGAGCACUUCAUGUCUUUGAAUUGCUUACAGGUUGAAUUUUUAAAAUGAAGAGGUGAUUUGUUGAUGUUGAAAGACCAUCUGAAGAGUUACAUUUCAAACUGCAGAACAAUAGUAUUAGUGGUAUUAAGGCAAAGGUGUCGUGCUGUAAACUGGUGACAAAAGUUUAUGGCCAAGGAUGACGCUUCUAUACCAGGACGUUUCUAUACAAGGACAUUUCGGUCACAAUGGAAAAAGGAGUUUGAAACAUUGACCUGGUUAAAAUGGCAUUGCACAUGCACACUCAUUUUAUUUUAAAAGCCAUUUCUACAUUAAAAAGCAAUCCGUGUAUCUGAGUUGUGUUUAUUUAUUGCAGGUGUGAUAAUCAAAUGACCUUCAAAUCUUCCCUUUUUUAUGGAAUUUAAGUCAAUGGGCAUUUUACUGUAGUUGGGUCAUUUGCAUAUUUGUGAUGAUAGUGUUUCUAGAAUGGUUAUGCAUACAUGUAUCACGUAGUUGUUGUAGAAUUAUUGUUUCUACCACCAACCAUAUACAUGUAGAUUGAUAGAGGUGUUGUGGUCUAGUGGACAAGUCACCAGACUGUAGAUCACAAGAUACAGGGUUCAAAUCCCAGCCCGGCACUAAUGUCCUUUGGCAAGACGUUCAUCUACAUAUACCAUUCUUCCCAGUGUUAAAUGGAUACCCGGUAGGAUGCGAAAGUAUUGUAGUUUGCUCAGCAUUGUGAGAUUCUGUGAAUUGGUGCCUGGCUGGAAUGCUCCCCAGGGAGUGGAGAA